CGUCACAGCAAGCCGGCUUUUUAUCUCUCAUGGAAAAAAGAGAAAUCCCAGAUUCCGAUCAUCGAUAUGUAUUAAUAAGAAUUUCUUUAUUUGUGUAAAACAGUUUUUUAUUUACUCCAAUUUUGAGCUGAAAAGCUUCAAAUCCUCUUUGUAUCUUUUCACACGCAGAAAUUUUAUAGUUGAAUUAAGAGACUGUAAUUUCUACGGUGGAAAAUGGAGGGGGAGCUGAAAGAGUUGUUGAGUGAUAUCAAAACUCUCAAAAAUUCUCUGCCUGAUCGCUCUCAAUUGCAUUGUUUUAAGAAGUGCCUGAGGCUUACACCUAUGGAAUCACGUGUUGAGCAUCUUUCUAAGACAACGACAAUAGGGCCAGGGCAGCGUUCAAAAAUCGGAUGUGCAUGCCUUUUUGCAUUACAGGAUAUGAACGCUGAGGUGGUUGAUAGCAAUCCUUACAGUAGACUAAUGGCACUUCAGAAAAUGGGUAUUGUGGACAAUUAUGAAAGAAUUCGGGAAUUUUCGGUUGCCAUAGUUGGUAUAGGUGGUGUUGGCAGUGUUGCUACCGAGGUGUUAACAAGGUGUGGUAUAGGUCACCUUCUGUUGUAUGAUUAUGACACAGUGGAGUUAGCUAACAUGAACCGGCUAUUUUUUCGUCCGAAGCAGGCUGGUCUGACAAAAACAGAUGCUGCUGUCCAAACUCUAUCUGACAUAAAUCCUGAUGUUGUACUUGAGAGCUAUACAUUAAAUAUCACAACAGUACGUGGCUUUGAAACUUUUAUGUCUAGUCUUAGAAAUAAAUCAUUCUGCUCAAGUAAAGAUGGUUGUGGAGUCGAUCUUGUUUUAAGCUGUGUAGAUAAUUAUGAAGCAAGGAUGGUGGUGAAUCAGGCUUGCAACGAGUUGAACCAGACAUGGAUGGAAUCUGGUGUGUCUGAAAAUGCUGUUUCAGGUCAUAUACAGUUGUUGAUUCCAGGCAAAACUGCCUGUUUUGCAUGUGCGCCUCCCUUGGUUGUAGCAUCUGGAAUUGAUGCGCAUACACUGAAGCGCGAAGGGGUUUGUGCUGCAUCUUUACCAACUACAAUGUUGUUGCCUGGGCUUCUUGUUCAAAAUACUCUUAAAUAUUUGCUAAAGUUUGGCCACGUUACCCCAUAUCUGGGUUACAAUGCCCUCAAAGACUACUUCCCAACUAUGGAAAUGAAACCAAAUCCUCAAUGUUCUAAUUCUGCUUGUUUGGAGAGGCAGAAAGAAUACGCUCUUGCAAAGCCUGCCAGGGAUGCUGCUGCUAAAGCCAAGAUGGAAGCAGAAGCACCAUCAGAAACAAAGUGCCUCCAUGAAGAUAAUGAAUGGAACAUAAGCGUCGUUGAUGAUACUGAUCUGCAAGGCUCAGAUGUUGGAAUAAGUUCAGGUUCUCUGCCGGAGGGUAUCAUCCACGAGCUUCCAAGUGCAGAUGAGUUUCAAAAACCACCAGUCUCAGAGGAGCCCGCUACCCCGGUCGAUGACCUUGAAGAUCUCAAAAGGCAGCUCGAAGCCCUUAAUGCUGGCUAGUUUGUUCGAACGAUUUGGAAAUAUAAAUGUUUUUUGGAAACUUGAAGACCUCGCUGCCGUUCGAUGAUCUUUACAUUGUGAUUAAAUUUAUUAAACAUUAAGUUUUUGACAAUUCAAAGCCAAUUUUUUACAAAUAUUGGUAGAAUAUUUAACUGAUUAGCAAAUAGCAGUAGUGGAUGGCCAUUUAUUUAAAGUUUAUUACUGAUGGGACAUGUUAGUUGGAGGUACUUGAUACUAUAAAUAAUGAACGAAAUGUCAGACUCUUUUGUUUUAUUUA